AUGCUUUAUCAAGCCCCCAGCCCCCAAAGGAAGAAAGAGCCAGCUCCAAGGGAGAACAAAUUAAGAUUAUUCCUGAAAAGGUCCUCAGAACCACUUCUAAACCUGCAAAAUGCUGCCCAACAGGUCUUGGAAUUCGUUGAUGAACAUGGUAAUGAAGUUCUUAAUCUUGGAUCCUUCACUCUGUUGCCCCAGCAUGUCGUCAGACUAAUCUUAGCUAGAGAUGAACUUCUAAUUAAGAUUUUGAGCAGAGCGCUCAUAACUCUGUUGUUGCAGGCAGACCCGGCCAGCGUAGAUCCAGGCAAGUUGUCUCCGGCACGAGGGAACCUCCCCCGUCCCGCACCUGAACCCGUCCCCGGCCCCUCCAAUGCCCCUGUUACUCUCGCACCAGCCUCGGAAAAACCUCCCGAAAAGUCCGAUAAACCAGACAAACCACCAGAAAAGCUUGGACUAUUCUCUUCCAUCAAACGUGCUGCCAGCAAAAAGUUUGGCGAUCGUCGCUCUCCUACACCGAAAACACGAGAACCACGAUCAAAAUCCGAUUCUAUAAAGCACGCAGCUCUCACAAGACAGGUCUCAGAAACAGUGGCAGCUUCUGGUGACCCUACUUUUGAACGAUGCAGACCUAGAAAGCGCGACAGUGAAACCGAGUUCCCUGUACGCAAAUCUGCUUCAGAACUUUCGGAGAGUUUUCCAUUCGUAAAACGAGCGUUAGCUGAAAUAGAAAACGGAAUAAAUUAUUUCAGAAAAUCAGUCGCGUUGGAUGCGCCGGAGAAAUUAGCUCCUCUAGCAAGAGCAGAGCCUGUGGUAGUCGUUGCAGCAGCUGAGGAUGAUACCCCAAUGUCUCCGCCACCUCCGAUGGGACUGAAGGAACGGAGAGGUUCUCGGGGAUCACCGUGUGCCAAUUUGCCGCCGUUGAUGUUGCCUCCUAAUACUCCAGAACCUUCGCCUAGUCGUUUAUCACCAAAUCGAUUGUCCCCACAGCCAAAGGAACCAAUGUCCGCCCCUAUUAUUCGUGGGAAUCCACCAAGGCGUUCUAGAACACGUUCAGAGAUGCCCCCGGAUCCACCGCCACGAUCUCCACAGGCUCCUCGUCCAGCAUCUGUCUCUCCAAAACAUACUUUUGCUUUCAAAAUUGUAUUAAAGAAAGUGGAGAGCACGCCUAACACCUCAUUUGAUCGCUCUGAACAAUGA